AUGAAUCCCGUCUCAUCUGCAAAGAAAGGGGGUUUCAUUGGCAUCGACCAUGCUACAACCACCAACAACGACAAACAAGCUCCACUCUUGAGUUACCGUUACAACGACCAUUCAUUGCAAAUUGAGGAAACGACUAUCGCUCAUGACAACGCUACAGUCCAUGUUCGACAUGAAAUUGAGGCAUCGACGUUGGAAGAAGGCUUGGUGACCACCAUCCAGCAUGUUGUGUAUUGCCAGCAAAAGGAUAAAACGCCCAUCUUGAUCAUCAUUUGCAGCACUGGAAAGGAGCAUGAUUAUGUCGCAUUUUGGUACAACGUUUCGACUCGUCAAACUAAGCGGAUCGAGCUGCCAAUCGAUUUCACCAGCAAGAUCACAUCAGUGUCUAUUACAGAAACACCUUCGCGCAUGCCCAAAUCACCAGCCAUCAACAGCAAGGAUACUACGAACUCAGCUAGCAAACGGCCUGAAAAGGAAGAUUGGAGCCAUGCGAUAGCCUUUACCUUGAGCGAUGGGUCAACAUGCAUUGGUCUUUUGAUACUUUAUCCAGAUGAAAUCUUGUUCGACACUCACGAAUACAUCGAUCCAUCGCUUGUGGAUGACGAGGAUAUUACAGCAUCAACAAUGAUCGUUGGAGGAAUGGAAGAUAAUCGCACUGGAUACAACCGUCCACGAGUACUUCUUGGUACAAGCCAAGGCAAAGUAAUAGCGUUUCGUGUUUCCAAGACCGAUGCUGGGGAGAUGGAACUAUCACGCAGUGACCAGACAAGGUUCAUGGAACUUGAACCCUCACCCAUUGUAUUACUCUCGUCUUUGCGUGCUGAUACACGAACUAUAAUAGCCGUUGGACAACAUGCCUUCAAGAGCAAAGGCAACUCUACCAAACCUACAAAGCAAGGUGUGAUCAAUAUCCUCGCAACAUUCGGCAAUGGUCGCAAGUCUGGAUUACGUGUUCGGCCCUCACUCACAAAACAUCUAUGUGAUUUGGAUGUAUUACGACUUACUCAGGGACCCAACAAGGAUUUCAGGAUUACAGCAGCAUUUCGUGAACAACGCUACAGCAACGACCUGGAAGUCUUUUGCAUCUACGUGGGAUAUAGGCUGGAGAGUAGCAACUUUGAGUUCAAGGUAAAAGAACCACGUCGAUCCGGCAUAAUGGAUCUCUUCCAGCUUGGAUCAGGAUGUAUAGCUAUGAUGGCUGGCCAGGAUGAUGAUCGAAUCCGUAUAAUGAACAACGUUCCACAACCAAAGCAGCAAAACGAUACGCAGCAUUACCUACAUGACAACACAUUCACACCCAAAGAACUUGAGCAUGACAACAUGGCAUCCCCGAAUAGAGAAGAGACACCAGAUAUCAAAAACGAUCGAUCUGAAUUAUCCUUCACAGAGAGCGAGGCUGUCAGUCCCCAUAGCCCCAUUUCCAGAUAUGCUGGUAGCGACACUGAUGGCUAUGGAUACAGCCCAGACAAUAUCAGCAAUUCUAGACGAUUCCCUAUCAUACGGCGACAUGAGGAUACUACUGAUACCCGUGAUAUCGAUCAUCAUGUAUUGGAGGAGGAGAAUAGCUUUGAAGAAAAGAUAACAGCAGCAAGGGCACGUCGUCAGCCAAUUGUAGUGCGACAUAUCGAUACAGAGGAAGAAGAUGAGGACAACGAGCAAUGUUCAUUAACAUCAUCACCGGAACGAGUCCCUGAGUUACAAGGUACAGCUUACAGCUUUCUCAACAGCAUACAGCAUACCCAGCAAAUUACCGAGUUUGGCCAAGAGCAGCAAAGUAUCCAACGUGAAGAUGAAAUUGAAGUCAAUCAAGAACAACAAAAAGAUACCAGUCGAAUUGAUGUGGAUCAUGAACAGCAAAAUGGGCUAGCAGCAGCACCCUUGAACAAAAAAGGGGACGAUCUUGGCACCGUACCACCACCGCUAAACGAUCCACAACAACUGCAGACACUUGUUGAGGAGAUUGGGAUUGUUAUGAAUGGUGCCUCACAACAACAGCAGCCGCAGCCGCAGCGAAGCUAUGACAAUUCGGCGAGUGAUGGGAUUGUGCCAUCCGAAUCGAUACAGCCACUUGAUGGAAAACAGGAUAUCAGCUCUGAAAAGGCCUAUACCGUGUUUGAAGAGAGCCAAAGCACACAAUCAAAAUACCCUGAUUUAAAUACCCUUGAUGACCAGGAUGACAAUCCUUUAAUAACUCCCGACAACAUUCCACCAUCUCAAGACCAAAAAGACCUUCCAUCCAUGGCCAUACACGACGAGACUGCUUCCCAGGACAAGGAGGAUUUGAGCAUUUCUCAAGAACCACAAGCUCUGACACAAGUAGAAUCAAAUGAUGCCAAUGGCAUGAAUGAAGCGAAUGCCACACCCAGUGCCUUAGAAUCGGUCGAUGAGAAUGUUGAUAUCCCUGAUCCACCAGCUGCUGACGAGGUUGAAACACCCAUUUAUACCCAAGAGGGAACUACAAUGCCUACGACUAUAGAAGAGGAGGAGGAGGAUAAUGCUAUGGAUAACACCGGGUUCCUUGAUGAUUUGGAUGAUUACUAUGACGAGGAGCAAGUUCAAGCCUUGGCUGGUGAGAAUAGCUCGUUUGCUGGUUUCCUUCCUUUGGCGAGUGAUACAGCAAUUGAAAACAACAUCAAACUCUUGUCGGACGCUUUGGAGGGUCACAUGACUCAGCAUCUUGAAUCCACUGUAUCAACACCAGCUUUCGACUCGUCUCAAAUGAAUGGUGCCUUGGAUGACAAUCAACAGCUCUCGAUGCAGACAACAACUGUACCCGAUGCUCUCAGUGACAUUGGAGUCGGUCGGAAUCCCUCGAUGGAGCACUUUGCUGACAAGCUGAACCAAUGGCGUCCAAAGGCAGUGAAUGACACCCUCUUUGUUGACCUAUUACUUAAGCAAGUUGAUCCCCAGUACAUAGUCAAUGAUACCUACUUGAAAGAGAACGCAUCUGAUCUCCUCGGCAAGUUGACACAGAACAGCACUCAAGCUAGCCAGGCCUUGUACUACCUUUCUUCUUUGGAAGAUGUGGAUUGUGGUCCUACGUUGACAUCCCUUGACAAUGUAUCGGAUCAUGAGCGAAUCAAGAUCAUGGUGUAUCACAUGCUAGAUCAAGGUUCAUACAAGGAUGCCAUGGAGUAUAUCUCGGAUGCCGCGUGGGUGGGUGAUGCUUUGCAAUACAAGAUCCUCAAGACUCUGGAGAAGCAUUGCGACAUUACCAACUUUGUACAAACCACGGGAAUUGCCAAAAGGUCGCUGAAUGAUGCCAUGGCCUAUGUUGAGUUAUUGUGGGAUAAGUCACUUGCCGAAGCAUUGGAAUACAUGGGAUCAAUGGAGAAUAUGGAUUGGCAGCAUCGUUGUCUAGAAUGGAUACUUGACAGGGUGUAUCAAGAUGAUGCGAAGUUUGAUGCCAAAGAUGCCAAAACGCUUGGAGCUUUCAAGUAUACCAAAGAACGAUGCCAGCAAUUUCUCAAGCAUAGCAAAGAGUCGCCAUCCCCUAUUGCAAAGCUUGCCCUUAUGCAUUACUACGAGAGUCAAGAGGAAUGGUUCAGUGCAUUGAAAGUGACGAAAGAAUUAGAAGCGAUGCCAGCACAUACUAGACAACAUCCUGCAUACGAAGCUUGUCUCACAAUGGAUCGAUCCGUGCGUCAAUCAAUGCCCGACACCUUGCGUCAUUUGCCAGAAGAGAUUAUGCUCAAUCCUCGAGGACAAGCUACUGGUGAAUACAAGGACUUCUUCGAUACACAUGGCAAGGAUGCAGGCUUUAAGCUAUUUGGAAUGGCUCUUCGAGGUCGAUUAAAUGAGCGUAAACGCAAGGCAGCAGAGCAAGCAGAAGCAUUCCCCAACAAGCGAUAA